GGUGUGACCCAGCCACUGUAGUUUGCCGCGAUGCGGAGGCCGGGCCCCGGCACUCCGCCGCUGUGAUAAGGUCUCGGCACGGAAGUCGGAGAGGGAGCCCAUGGCGGAGCUCUGCGAGCCCGGCCGGCGGGGGUCCGCGGGCGGCGGGAACCCGGAGGAAGAGGAGGACGAGGAGCGGGAGCCGCUGCUGCCGCGGAUCGCCUGGGCCCAGCCGCGGAGGGGUGCGCCGGGGGGCGCCGUGAGGCAGCAGGAGGGAGCUGGCGACGAGGGCGCGGCCGCCCCCCUCCAGGCCCGCGACGGAGAAUUGCCGCUCCCGCCCAAGGAUGGGUCCCGAAGCCUCUCGCGGGCCGUGGGGGCCACCCGCGGCUCGCCCACCGACCACAGCCGGAACCGCCCCUCGGUUUCAGUGACCACGGGCCUUUCAGAGAUGAAUGCAUUCUUGGAUGAUCCAGAAUUUGCCGAUAUUAUAUUGAGAGCAGAACAAGCAAUAGAAUUGGGAGUUUUUCCACAAAGAAUUUCUCAAGGCUCAAGUGGAAGUUACUUUGUAAAGGAUCCUAAGAAGAAAAUUAUUGGUGUUUUUAAACCAAAAUCAGAAGAGCCUUAUGGUCAAUUGAAUCCAAAAUGGACCAAGUAYGUCCACAAGGUCUGCUGCCCUUGCUGCUUUGGCAGAGGCUGCCUGCUUCUUAACCAAGGCUCCCUUGACCUACCUUGGGAUGAAAAGCUUCAUCUGGGCAUUGUACCUAAAACAAAGGUGGUUUGGCUUGUCAGUGAGACAUUUAAUUACAGUGCAAUUGACCGAGCAAAAUCAAGAGGCAAAAAGUAUGCUUUACAGAAAGUGCCAAAAGUAGGUAGAAAGUUUCAUCGGAUAGGACUACCUCCUAAGAUUGGUUCCUUUCAGUUAUUUGUUGAAGGUUACAAGGAGGCUGAAUAUUGGCUUAGGAAAUUUGAAGCUGAUCCUUUGCCUGAGAAUAUUAGAAAACAAUUUCAGUCACAAUUUGAAAGAUUAGUUGUUUUGGAUUACAUCAUCAGAAACACAGACAGAGGAAAUGAUAAUUGGUUAGUCAGAUAUGAAAAGGAGAAAUGUAAAAAAGAAACUGACCAUGAGGUCUUAAACUGGAUCAAUGAUAAAGAAUUGCUUAUUAAAGUAGCUGCAAUUGAUAAUGGUCUAGCAUUUCCUUUUAAACAUCCUGAUGAAUGGAGAACAUAUCCAUUUCACUGGGCGUGGCUUCCUCAAGCAAAAGUUCCUUUUUCUGAAGAAACAAGAAACUUGGUUCUGCCAUAUAUUUCUGACAUGAACUUUGUGCAAGAUUUAUGUGAAGAUCUUUAUGAACUUUUUAAGACUGACAAAAGUUUUGACAAAGCUACUUUUGAAAGUCAGAUGUCUGUGAUGAGGGGUCAGAUCUUAAACCUUACUCAGGCACUGAGAGAUGGGAAGAGUCCUGUUCAGCUGGUCCAGAUGCCUUGUGUGAUUGUGGAACGAAGUAAAGGGGGAAGUCAGGGUCGGAUUAUCCACCCAGGCAGCUCCUUUACCCAGACUGUCCAUUGCAGGAAACCGUUUUUUUCCUCUUGGUAGCAGGUGUAAGAGAAACAACUGUUGGGCAUUAUUGCAUUGUUAAAACAUUGCAGCAAUGUAAAUCUGCUGUUAAGAGCUCCAGAUGCCAAAACUAUUUAAGUUCUUAAAAUGGUUACAUUUUGAAUGUAAUCAAAAGUUUACAUUUUUUUGUCCAAAUAUUAAAUUUCUAUAUCAGGGAAGAAGUGAUAAGUCUUCUACAUUGUAUUUUUGUAGAAAAUAUGUAUUUUAUGUUUUUGUUAGUGUAAAAGGUAAAUUCAUGGUUUACACAACUAGAAUGACUGUAAUUACUGUAUAAUUUAAAGUAGAAAAAUUAGAUAUUUGUUGACUUUGAAUAUAAUAACUUUUUCUAU